AUGCAUUCUGCUCAUACUCCAUAUCUCAUUUCACUAAAAUUCUUGGUUUUCUUCUUAACGAUAUUUCAGAAAGGAAUACAUAUAAUAUAGGUAUUCAGCCUGAGAAUCAGCCAUGGCAGGAGGAGGUUUUACCGCGUCGUCCGGCACGGGAGGCACAGAUUUCGAGGCCAAGAUUACUCCUAUAGUCAUAAUCUCUUGUAUAAUGGCCGCCACAGGAGGACUCAUGUUUGGCUAUGAUGUUGGUGUUUCAGGUGGUGUUACAUCAAUGGAUGAUUUCUUGAAAAAAUUCUUCCCAGUGGUGUAUAGGAGGACAAACGACUCUGGAAUAAACAGUAAUUACUGCAGAUAUGAUAAUCAAGGGCUUCAACUAUUUACAUCUUCGUUAUAUUUGGCUGGUUUAACAGCAACUUUCUUUGCUUCAUACACAACAAGAAGGCUUGGCAGGAGAUUAACUAUGUUAAUUGCUGGGGUUUUCUUCAUAAUUGGGGUCGUUUUUAAUGCUGCAGCUCAAAAUCUUGCUAUGCUGAUUAUUGGCAGGAUUUUACUCGGAUGUGGUGUUGGUUUUGCUAAUCAGGCCGUUCCUCUGUUCUUAUCAGAGAUUGCACCAACAAGAAUACGUGGUGGCCUCAACAUCUUAUUUCAACUUAACGUCACCAUUGGCAUUCUUUUCGCCAACCUUGUCAAUUACGGCACUGCAAAGUAAGUCUCAUUCCCUUGUAUUAAUUUUCUUUGAUUUUAAUAUUACGUUGAGAUGGAUAGUUAAUGAAGGUGCUAUAUGAGUGUCAAUUACAUUGAUUGUACUUUUUAAUGUCAUCACAACUAAAUUAUUUCAUUUUUAGU